GUGGCUUGAUCCCAAAGAAAAGCACUUUUUAAAACAUAAAAAAACUCGCGAGCCGCAACAUCUCAGUGUCUCCCUUCUCUUCGUUAUUCUUGGUUGCUCAAAGUUAAAAUGUCGAUCUUCGAGUACAACGGGAGUGCCCUAGUGGCUAUGGUUGGCAAGAACUGCUUUGCCAUCGCCAGCGAUCGGAGGCUCGGUGUCCAGCUUCAAACCAUAGCCACCGAUUUCCAAAGGAUCUCCAAGAUACACGACAAACUCUUCAUCGGUCUCUCUGGCCUCGCCACCGAUGCCCAAACUCUGUACCAGCGUCUGGUUUUCAGGCACAAACUGUAUCAGCUUAGGGAAGAGAGGGAUAUGAAGCCCGAGACCUUUGCUAGCUUGGUCUCUGCCCUUCUUUAUGAGAAAAGGUUUGGUCCAUACUUUUGCCAGCCUGUAAUUGCUGGCUUAGGAGAUGAGGAUAAACCAUUCAUUUGCACAAUGGAUUCAAUUGGAGCAAAGGAGCUUGCUAAGGAUUUUGUUGUUGCUGGCACUGCCUCUGAAUCUCUAUAUGGUGCUUGCGAGUCAAUGUUUAAGCCUGACAUGGAACCAGAAGAAUUGUUUGAGACUAUCUCUCAAGCUCUGCUGUCAUCAGUAGAUCGUGAUUGUUUAAGUGGCUGGGGUGGACAUGUCUAUGUUGUUACACCAACUGAAGUAAAGGAAAGGAUCUUGAAGGGAAGAAUGGAUUAACCAGUUACACUCCUCAGAUCACAUGUCAAUUUAGUUUGGAACUGAAUAGUAGUCUCCAUUUACCAUCCACACUGGGUUUAUGGAUGCCAUUAAUACUGUCUUCUGUAUUUGCCGUAAAACAUAAAAAAAAAAAAUUUGAGUUCAAUAUUUAGAUUAUCAGAUGGAGGAGGUUGGAGUUGGGAUGCUUGUCAAUUAUUGUUAUUGUUAAUCCUCGAAAUGUUUUUGCUUCCAAAGUACAAGAAUGAUACAGCUAACUUGUUGUCAACUUCGAAUUUGCCAGAUUUUUAAUUAAAGUUUGGGGUUUAGUGA